AUGUAUGUGGAAGAACUCGUUAUCGAUGGGUUCAAGUCCUACGCUGUUAGGACUGUAAUCACUGGAUGGGAUCGACAAUUCAAUGCCAUAACAGGCCUUAAUGCACAAAAUCUACAGGAUUUAAUAUACAAGAGAGGUCAGGCUGGAGUUACAAAGGCAUCUGUUACUAUCACUUUUGAUAACACUGAUAAGUCCAAAUCUCCGAUUGGAUUUGAUCAGUACCCUAAGAUUAGUGUUACACGACAAAUUCUUCUUGGUGGAAAUUCAAAGUAUCUUAUCAACGGACACAAAGCACAGCAGGUGCAGGUUCUUAAUCUUUUUCAAUCUGUCCAAUUGAAUAUUAAUCAUCCAAAUUUCCUCAUCAUGCAAGGAAAAAUCACUAAGAUGUUGAACAUGAAGCCAAAAGAGAUUUUGGGGUUGAUUGAGGAGGCAGCAGGUACAAAGAUUUAUGAAUGGCAAAGGGAAAAAGCUGAGAAGACUAUGAAAAAAAAGAAUCUCAAGCUUGAAACGACUGAAAACUUGCUUAAGGAAGAGGUGGAGCCCAAAUUGCGACAUCUACACGAACAGAAGCGUAUUGUCUUGGAAUAUCAGGAUAUACAGACAGAGUUAGAAACUUUAAUGAAGGCAGUAGCAGCCCAUGACUAUAUGCUUUAUACGAAGAAAUUGGAAGAGGCGAAGCAAUCUCUUCUUUUAUCUGAAUCUCAUAGGAAAAAUCAACUAGCAAAUAUUGAUGAAUUAGAAAAGGAAAUUAGAAAUUUACAAAAUGAUUUGGAGGAAAUAAAACAAAAAAGGCAGGAAGAGGUCGGAAGAUCUGCCGUUGUUAAAGAGUUGGAGGACGCUGAGAAUGAAAUUCAGAAUGAGAUUACACGAUUGGUAACAACUAAAGGUAUACAAGAGCAAUUGCUGUGUGAACAAAAAAAAGAGCGGGAAACUGCGCUUGGAAGGAUUGAUAAACUCAAAACAGAUAUUGAAUCCAACAAAGGUAAUCAUGAUAAAUUAGAGAGCGAUUAUCACAAUUUUAAGGAUGAAUUAGAGCAUAAGAAACAAGCACUUCAGAGGAACGAAGAUCUUUUUUCAACCUUAUCGACGGGUAUAUCUAUUGAAGGUUCCACAACCGGUGGUUACCUAGCAAAUCUACAGAAUGUAAAGAAGAAGCUUUCGGAUACAAUGGUAGAGAUCCAAAAAUGUAAUAUGCAAAUAUCUCAUCUAACUACUGAACUGGAAGUUGGAAGGACCAAAGAAAAGUCCAAGAAAGCUGAUCUUCUGAAAAUUGAUAGUGACAUAGCUAGAUAUAAACAAAAUUUAGACGGUUUAAAGUUGAAGCUUAGUCAAAUUGGAUUUGAUCCUUCUAAAUAUCUAGAAUUACAAAGAAAAGAAAAGGAUGCUUUUGAAGUUUUAAAUCAAUUAAAGGCCAGAUUUCAGAACUUUAGACGUCAAAACCCACAGUUUGACUUUACAUACGAACCUCCUUGUUCCAAUUUUGAUCCAAAAUCAGUGAAAGGUUUAGCAGGUGAAUUGUUUUCAUUACCUGAAAAUAAUGUUUCUGCGGCAACGGCCUUGGAGGUUUGUGCCGGUCGGCGACUUUUCAAUGUUGUCGUUGAUAAUCAAGUAGUUGGUGCACAGCUAUUGGAACAUGGAAAAUUAAGAAGGCGUGUUACUCUUAUACCGUUGAAUAAAAUUCGUGCCAGAAUAACGGAACGAUCGAAGGUUCAAAUUGCGAAACAAAUUGGACCUCAUAAUGUGGAUCUUGCAUUAGAUUUAAUUAAAUAUGAUGAUGAUUCAAAAAAAGCAAUGGAAUACAUUUUUGGUAACAAACUUAUUUGUCAGGAUCCAGAGACGGCAAAAAAUGUAACGUUUAACCACCAAGUCCAUACUGGUUCGGUUACACUAGAUGGUGAUUAUUAUGAUCCAGAGGGUAGACUUUCUGGAGGGUCUAGAAAAGGUGGAUCAUUUACUCUGAAAAAAUUUAUGGAAUUUAGAAGGAUUAGACAGAAAAUUGGUGUUUUAACCCAACAGUUAAGUGAGAUUCAGAUUCAGCUCAAACAGCUGAGCGUCUUAAGUAAUCAGACACAGCCAAUACAGCAUAGCUUGCAGGUUACGCAGUAUCAAAUUGAUGUGCUGGAAAAAAAACUCACUCAUGGUGAUAGUGCUACGUUUCUCCAGCAUCUUCAGCAGACUACAGAUGAAAUUCGAACUCUUCAUGAAAAAGUUGAUAAGCUAAGGAUUGAAGCACAAACAUAUAAGGUAGAUAUUAAACGGAUUGAAAAAGAUAUGCAAGAGUUCAACUCGGAUAGUGUUAAAAAGCUUCAAGAAUUAAAGGAGAAUAUUAAAGCUAUGAAUAUCGAGGUGAAAAAUGACGAUAAGCGGUUACAACGAAUUCAGAAAAUGUAUCAGGAAUCUGAUAUUUCAACAGAUCAAAUAAAAUUAGACAUUCAUUCGUUAGAAGAGUCUAUUAAAAGUAUAGAUGGACAAUGUUUGCAGAGUACGAAUAAAAUAAAAGUGAUCACUUUAGACAUUGAUGAGCAACAGAAAAAGCUUGUCAAAAAGAGAAGCCUAAUUGAUGAACAAAAGUCUAAACUUGCAGGAAUAAAUGAGGAAUUCAAUGAAGUCACAUCCGUUCUCAACAAAAAAAGAACUGCUUUGAACGACGUCAACCUCAAAAAAGCCAAAAUCUCACAAGAAGUUGAGCAUGCUGAAUCAAAAUUACGGGCCAUUAAGACCUAUCUAGAAAGCGUCAUAGAAGAGCAUGAUUGGGUACAAAAUGAUAAAAUUCGAGAAAGUGUUUUGGAAACAUAUCCAAAUAUUGAUUUGAGUGAUUGUCACCAGCGUAUCAAGCAAUUGGGUUUAAGGGUUAAUGCGAUGAAAAAGAAGGGUGUGAAUGUGAAUAUAAUGAGUCAGAUUGAACAACAUGAAAAGCAUGAAACUUCGUUGAAAACGAAAAUCAAGCAGAUCAACAGGGACAAAAAGAAAAUUGAAGAAACUAUAGCAAAAUUGGAUAAUUAUAAGCGUGCUGAGUUGAUUAAAACAUAUAAAAAAGUUUCUAAAGACUUUGGCGAAAUUUUUUCUGUCCUUCUACCCCAUUCGUUUGCAAAAUUGGUUUCACUUGAUAAAGAUGAUGUUACAAAGGGCUUGGAAGUUAAAGUUCAACUAGGUAAUGUUUGGAAAGACUCUUUAGUAGAACUUUCUGGUGGUCAAAGGUCGUUGGCUGCACUUUCAUUAAUAAUGUCUCUUCUUCAGUUUCGUCCAGCACCGCUCUAUAUUUUAGAUGAAGUGGAUGCCGCUUUGGAUCUAAAUCACACCCAAAGCAUUGGCCAUCUAAUUAAAACGAGAUUUAAGGGUUCUCAAUUUAUGGUUGUCUCUUUAAAGGAAGGAAUGUUUACAAAUGCAAACAGAUUGUUUAGAGUUCGUUUUCAAGAGGGAACAUCCGUGGUUACUGCAAUGUAA